AUGCAAGUGGAUAACAGUAGUAAUGUUAAAGAUGAAGAUCAUGAGGAAAACAAAGAAAUAAUUAAAGUAGCGCAAGUGGAUAAUGGUAGUGAUGUUGAAGUCAAAGGUCAUAAGGAAGUUGAUGUUGAAAGUGAAGGUCAUAAUAAAGGUGAUGAAAAAGGUGAUAAUGAAGAAGACGAUAAAAGUGAUAAAGAGAGUAAUGAAGGAAGUAAUGAAAAUAAAAAUGAAGAUAAGGAUAAUGAUAAUAAACAAAAUAUUAAGUGA